GCACAGAGCCUCACACACACAUAUGCUCAUGCACAGACACAGCACACACAUACACAUACAGUCAGACCGCUGAGUUCAGGCAUCCAGCGCUGCACAAAGCUCAUGACAGGACCUAAGGAUCAGCUAACAGGACAUAUCCAGAUUGGAUGAGAUUUCGGAUGCAUUUCCCUGUGCACAGGGACUGCAGCUGUGCUCCCUCAUUCUGACUAAAGCAAGCUCUUGGUUUAUCGAAGUUACGCUAAGAAUCUACUUGACUGGUUAACCCAGCUGCUGCUGUUUGCCAUGCGGCUGCUCUGCGGUCUGCUGCUGCUGCUGCUGCUGUGCCUGGUGGUCUGGGCAACUGAGGCACGGAAGGGUGGAAAGGGACGCCGAAUGCGGAGUCGAGGCCGGUCAGGUACCACCAAGAGGUUUGCUGCAGACUGCAAUGAAAGUACUGUCAAUGGGGAAAAGUUCUUUGACUGCCAAGAGCGCCAUCUGACAGCCGUAUUGUUGGGCUGGCCGGAGGACAUUCACCACCUGCUGCUGGCACGGAACCGGAUCAAGGUGCUGCGAGACAACACCUUCAGUCACUUCCGAAACCUGAAGAGUCUGGAUCUCCAGCAGAACGAAAUAUCCCGCAUAGAGGAGGGAGCUUUCAAUGGCCUGAGCAGACUCACCACUUUACUGCUGCAGCACAACCGUCUGCAGGUGGCGAGCGAAGCCAUGCUGAUCCCAAUGCCGCAACUCAAGUACUUGCGAAUCCAUGACAAUCCCUGGAGGUGUGACUGCCAGCUGGACACCCUGAUCAGGUUCAUCCAAGUGCCCGGUAACCGUAACAUCGGCAAUUAUGCCCGCUGUGCUGAGCCCAGGGAAUUCCUGGGGAGACAACUGAAGAAGCUGGAUGCAGAGCUUCUGUGUAUCCCACAGCAGAACACAUUGACCCCGGAUCCAGACAAUCAACUCCUACCGGCUUCCCAAAAAAAGGCAGAUGCAACCUCUUUAUGCCACACCUAUGUUCACCCUGUGCCCCGUAUGGACUGCAGGAACAGAGACCUUAAAACAGUGCCGGCUGACAUCCCGUUGGAUAUUGUGAGACUGGAUUUAUCCAGAAACAACAUCAAGCAGCUGAGACCAAAGGAGUAUGUAAACGUUAAAGACCUAAAGCUCUUGAACCUGAGUGGAAACACUUUGGAAAGCAUCGACAUCGCUGCCUUUACAGGCCUGCUGAACUUGGGAGAACUGGACCUGUCCAACAACAGCCUGCGUUAUUUUCAAUAUGGCGUUUUGGAGGACCUGUACUUCCUGAAAAAACUGUCUCUGGAGGACAACCCCUGGAUUUGUGAUUACAACAUUCAUUACUUGAUCUAUUGGCUGAAGCACCACCCCAGUGUGUCCCACACAGGUCUGGUAUGCAGUGAACCAGAAGAGUUUCGUGGUUGGCCGGUGGAAAACUAUGUCAAGACCUACAACGCAGACUGUCCUAAAGACAUGCAGCUGGGCCAGGUGCCUGGCCCUGACCCGGCAGGCAUCAUGGCUCAGGAGCUCACAGCUCAGAUAGAUGAAGAGGAGCUGCCUUACAGAGUGCCUAAGAAAUUUGAGAUCAUCCGUCUGACUUAAGAUGGAAACUGUGAUGCUGUUAAGAACUAAUAUUUUUUUUAGUCAUUUUCCCAGCUAAAUUCUGACUGUGUGAGAGAGACAAAACUUUAAUAUGUUGUCACAUUCGCAGAUUAAUUCAUUUCAAUCAAAAAAUCAAGCAGUUGAUGUUUACGUAUUUUUUAGUAUUUCUAAUGAGUAAUUUUGUAAAUUGAAUCAUGAUAAAUAAAACAGAUUGAUUUGUUUUGUUUU